UCCGCGCUAGUGGUCUCUCACUCGAUCUCGAGGGCUAGGUCGUCGGCGAUGUUUUCCGGCAGAGAGAACCCGACGGCGAAUGUAAAUAUGCAGAAUCUUUUCGUUCAGAUCUUCGAGAGGAAGAGGCGAAUCGUCGAGCAGGUCAAGCAACAAGUAGAUCUCUUCGACCACCAUUUAGCCUCCAAGUGCCUACUCGCCGGAGUCUCCCCUCCGUCGUGGCUCUGGCCUCCGUCUAUACCUUCCGAAACUUCCGAGUUGAAUAAGGAGGAGAUCAUCUCUGGACUCCUCUUUCCUCAAUCAAGACCUUCCUUCAUUUGUCCUAGCGGACGUCUCUUUCCGUAUCAGCCGCCCGUCAGUUUUCUAGCUGACAGUGUAGGAAGACAAGACCUGACAUCAGUGGUGAACAACACCUUGGAAGAGCAGUUGUUUGAAGAAGAACAACACCACCACCUCUCACACAACUUAGUCAGACGCGUUUCAGAUCAUUCGCACGAACAUGAUGAUGGUACUGCAUUUCCUAGAGAUGUCCAUGAGGAGGAACCAUUGCCAGAAGGUGUCUCAAGCGGUUGCAGAGAGAAUCAAAGCUGUCCGUCUCGUGGACACAGUCAGAAUCAGAGAGUUGAAAAUAGCCUUGGUGCUGCAUCUCCUGGACGUAGCCAAGGGAAAAUGGUUCCUAAAAGUGUCUCAACUACUGGUUGUGAGCGGAAACCGUCAUCUCUUGGAUACUGUCAAGAUGAAACUGAACCAGACACUUGCUUUGACCCUGGACUACCAGUACCGCUUGAUAAGAUUCAGAGAUCGAAGUCACGUCAAAAAGAUUUCAAGCGUCGGAGUAGUGCCAAAACUUCCAGAAGCCGUUCAAACUAUAGAAAUGACCUCAAACCUUCUCCAGGUGGAAAUAUAGGCCCUGAGAUUGCUUCGUUAAGGUCCGACAGUGUUAGGGAAAUAAAUUUAUUUGAGCAUGAUGGGAAUGAUGAAGGUUGUCCCGAUGAAGUAGAGGACAGCAAUUCUCAAGGUAAGGGAGGGGAUCAGUGUAUUAAGUUUAGCUUAUCUACAGAGUCUUCAACCCCACAUCAGAAAGUGGUUCCUUUGCAAAGAGCUACCAGUGGAGAUACUUCUGCUUCUAUUGUACCAAAAUCUCUAAGUGAGUCUGGUCAUGUGAAUGAAAUGGAUGUAUUACAGACCACUGAGACAAUUGAUGAAGUGCCUGUUAAAAUAGAUGAGCAAAUGGAUGAUCCCCACAGCAGAAGUUGCAAUGAAACAGCUUAUCUCGAUGGAGGUACAAGAUCUAAAAGCUCAAGCCAUGAUAGAUCCAAGAGGGAACAUCAAAAGUCUAACAACUCUGUUUCGGGUAGCAUUUCGUCAAGAAAUUCAGAUCCCUCUCACAGGGCAGAUAAUGGAGUAGAAUUACCCCAGGUAAUACUUCUCACUAAUGAAGAUUCUAGGCUGAAAGAUGCUGGAACGAGACUCUUUCAGUCUGAAAUUAAAACAAGAUCCAGCAGCAAUGCACGGAGGAAUAAAUCCAAGACUGGGCAUUCAGGCUCUGUUAAGUCUUCUUCAGUUGACCUGGAGCCAAGACAUUCGAUUUCAUCACUGCAAGGUGGAGAUGCAAAGGAGUCACUGAUUCCCUCGACUAUUGAUGUUGAAGGUUUGGUAGUUGUAAAUGUUACCAGCGAAGAUCAAGCAAAAGAAAAGGGUGAAGGUGUAAAAGAGUCACUGGUUCCCUCUAUAGUCGAUGUUGAAGGUGGUAAUUCUGGAGGAAUUAGAUCUAAGACCGAGCAUUCAGGCUCUCUUGAGUCUUCUUCAGUUGACGUGGAACCAAGACAUUCAGUUUCAUUACUGCAAGGCCGAGAAGUAAAGGAAUCGCUCAUUCCCUCUUCUAUUGAUGUUGAAAGAUUAGUAAAUGAAGACAUGGCCAGCAAUGAUCAAUCAAAAGAAAAGGGUGAAUGUGUAAAGGAGUCAAUGAUUCCCUCGACUAUUGAUGUUGAAGGUUUAGCAGUCGAAGAUAUCACCAGGGGCAAUCAAUUAAAAGGAAAGGGUGAAUGUGUUGACACUAACAUAUGUUCAAGUGCUGGAAGGAUCAGCCAAUCUGGCGUAUCCACAGAUGAGAUGACACUUGCGAGUGCAAUUGAAAACUCUAUACCCAAGACCGAGCUUUUGGGCUUUGUUGAUUCCUCUUCAGCUGAACUGCAGUGGAGACACUCAGUAAUGCAAUCAGACGAUGAAAGUGUAUUGUUGAAGCCCGUUACUGAUACUGGUGAAGCUUUAUUAAUGGACGAAGAUAAGGCUGGGGAAUCAACUGAAGUUAGCGGUAUCUCAAAAUCUAGAAGUUUAAGCCAAAUUGACAUCACGGUAGUUGAGCAAGUGGUGGUUGAAUCUAUUCUUCAAGAAAGUGGUACCCCAGAAGACAUGACUGACCAUUCUAAAAAAUGGGAUACUGGUUGUGUGUCCAAGGAAGAGCAGUCACAGGGUUCAUUGACCAAAGCAGGGAGUAACCAGUGCCAUGGGAUAUUAAGUAGGCCAAGAAGCUUAGCAACUGAAGAGAAAUCAGCAAAUGAAUAUAAGGAUCUUUCUAUUGACUCUGAUCGUAAAUCAACUGAGGAACAGCUUAAAGUUAGAGCAGGAAACGCAUCACUGAGAACGCAUGAUCUCCCUGACUUUAUGAAGCCUGAAUCACACUGUUUUGAUGAUACUGGAGAACGCAGCUUCGAUGACAUUCCAAUGAAUAGUCGAGAAAAAUCUACAAUGGAGAAGGCCCUAGCACCAGAAUCUGCCGCAAGGGUGUCAGAUGUUCCAUCUCUCACUGAUUCUGAGGUAAAUCUUUCGGCAGACAACGAAAUGAACGACACUGAAGAUCAUAAUGGCUUAGAGAAAGAAAUGCUAUCAGAAACGGAAUCACCUGCAAGCCAUACUGGCUUAAGAGGGGGAGAAAAUGAACCUCCAGAGUCAAAUACAUCCUCUGGUCAGAUAGAUGCAUUGAAAAAGAGACCUCAACUUGGAAUAUCCUCGGACAAAGGUGUUCCCCAGUUUAAUAGAAAUAUAGCAUGCACAGAAACAGGUGAAUCUCAUGGUCUAGAGGGCUCUAUACAGGAUCUUUUCUGCUCUAGCUCCCUUAUGGAGGGUUCACAACUGCAGAAUAAGCGGAGAAAAACCCUGUACAAAGUAACUAGUAGAGAGCCUUCGUCAAACCCAGUGGGAGACAUUCUCGACUCAGAUUCUGUUAGGGAAACAGUACAUCAUAGUGAGGAAGCCGCAGGUCACAACCUCAAUCAAUACGAUGUAGAGUUACAAAAGAUAAUUGGAUCUGCAUCUUCAGAUCACUAUGAAGUUGAGUUACAAAAGAUGAUUGGAUCUGCAUCGUCAGCUGAGUUACGAUUUGGAGAGGAUUACUUAUUCAAGGAAGCUGGAUUGAUGAGUCCUGCCUCGCUUUCCUUCAGACCAGAACAGAGUGUAGACAGGAGUCUUAUUGCUCCAAAUCAGGGACUUAAAACAGAAAAUAUGGACUUUCUGCCAUUUGCUGGAGAAACAUCUCACCCAUUUGCUAGUGGCGUUGUACGUAGUUCAGAUUGUUCUCCUUGUUUGUCACCCUUGGGUUUGACAGGCGCAGACGAUGGAAGCCCCCCUGUUUUGGAGGGCUUUAUAGUCCAAACGGAUGAUGAAAGUCAAAGCGGUUCCAAAAACAAGAUAAAACAUGACAGCUUCGAAUUUCCAGGAACUACAGCAGAAAGUGCAACCAUCAUAGAGCAGAUUCGCAAGUCUGCUUGCAGGAUCACUCCCUCGUUAGAUCCAGCUAAAAUAUUCAAGUUCAAUGAGAAACUGGAUUUGGAUCAGUCCGUUUCAACUGAACUCCUUGAUGGCAUGUUUUUCAGUCAGAAUUUGGAGGGUAGCUCUGUCUUUGAUAACUUGGGGGUUAACAAUGACUAUACAGGAAAUUUGUACACUAGCUGUCUGCCCUUUUCUGGUGCUGGCUCAUCUGCCGAUGCUAGGAACCUUCUUACGUCUCCAAAUGGGAAGCUGUGGUAUAGAAGUUUGCAAAAGUCUUCCAGUUCAGAGAAGCAGGGCAUUCAGACACCAGACCUACCUUGCAUUAGCGAAGAGAAUGAGAACGUGGAUGAGGAGCCUGAAAACCUAUGCGCCAACACUCCAAAGCCUAUGAGGUCAGAGAAGCGAGGAAGUUCAAUUCCAGACCUUCCUUGCAUAGCUGAAGAGAAUGAGAAAGAAGAUGAGAUAUUAGAAGCUGUCAGUCAAGUAUCUGAUGAUUCCAAAAGUGGGAAUGCCUCUGCUGAAAAGAAGCCUUUUGCUGAUGUUGAUGAAGAAACUAUGAAAUUUCUUCCAUCUGACUCUAACGCUAAGAUCCCUGUUGAUAGACAGAGCCUAGAUUCUGUCAAUACCGCAUUUAGCUUUUCUGCUACGUGCAACAACAGUGUCAAAAGUAAACCAGAAAGGAAGAUGGGUGGUAGCCGAAGAUUCACGAGUAAAGGUAAAGAGAAUCAAGGUGGAGCAGGCGCUGGAAGAAAUGUUAGACCGCCUAGUAGCAGGUUCAGUAAGACUAAGUUGUCUUGCAACUCGACUUUGACAUCUGUAGGGCCGCGAUUACCAGAUAAACAACCUAGGCACAACAACAUUGUCUCAAACAUCACUUCGUUCGUUCCACUUGUGCAGCAGCAAAAAGCAGCUGCAGCAAUCAUUACAGGCAAGAGGGAUGUCAAAGUAAAGGCCCUAGAAGCAGCUGAGGCUUCAAGAAGGAUUGCUGAACAGAAAGAAAAUGAACGCAAGAUGAAGAAAGAAGCUAUGAAGGUUGAGCGGGCAAGGCUGGAACAAGAAAACCUGAGAAAGCAAGAGAUUGAGAGGAAAAAGAAAGAAGAAGAGCGAAAGAAAAAGGAAGCUGAAAUUGCAUGGAAGCAGGAGAUGGAAAGGAAAAAGAAAGAAGAAGAGCGGAAGAGAAAAGAGUUUGAAAUGGCAGAUAAAAAGAGGCAGAGGGAAGAAGACAAGAAGCUGAAGGAAGCUAAAAGACAGCGAGUUGCAGAAAUGCAGAGACAACAAAAAGAGGCUGAUGAGAAACUACAAGCUGAAAAAGAACUGAAAAGAAAGGCUAUGGAUGCGAAGAUAAAAGCAUUGAAGGAACUUAAAGAAGGACAAGGUAAUGCUAGGAUCCGUGAAGUAAGAUCAAAGAGUAAUUCCAGCGAUGAUACCAAUGCAUCAAGAUCCUCGAGAGAGGAUGAUCUCAAGGUGAUAAGCAACAUAGGGAAAAUGUCUGAAGAGUCCUACGACAUCUCUCCAUACAAAUGCUCAGACGACGAAGAUGAAGAGGAAGACGACGAUGACGACAUGUCAAACCACAAAUUCGUUCCUUCUUGGGCCAGCAAGAGCAAUGUACUUCUCAGCGUCAUUUCCCAAGAAAAUCGUGAUCCCGAUGUUGCUUUCCCUGCAAAACGCUUCCGCAGUAUAACCAAAGUUCUUUUGCCGCGAAAGUUCCGAAGCCAGUAGCAUAAACUACGAGGAGCCAAACUCAGAUUCUCGGAGACAGUAAAACUGUGUUUCAAGUUCCUUAGUAGCUUCAGCUUCAAAGUCUGUGAAUACACUCUCUUUGUGCUUAACCUAUUGUAGCAAAUGAUCGUAUUUGCUUUUGUUAGGAUUAGUGAAUGGAGACAGUAAAAUUGUGUUUCAAGUUCCUUAGUAGCUUCAGCUUCAAAGUCUGUGAAUACACUCUCUUUGUGCUUAACCUAUUGUAGCAAAUGAUCAUAUUUGCUUUUGUAAGGAUUAGUGAAUGGAUGUAACGCUUGAAUUUCAUUUGAUUUUUAUAACAAC